GAGCGAGGAGGCCACGAGCUUCACUGAGACAGGACCCACUGGCAGUGCAAGGACCACAAGCAAGAAGACUCCGAAGCCGGGAGUAAAAGUACCAACAAUUAUACUGGAGCUUUGACGAGGACGAUAAAGAAUCCUUUCGUUUUGAUUUCAUUUGACUGGACUUGUCCGCGUUGGAGCUCGCAAAAAUUCGACACGCCGCUUAUACGCCAGUCUUCACUGGAUAUAGCGAACCGAGAAAAGUUGGUAGUAAACUCUUUGGAGUUUGGUCAGAGUCGCGAUAUUUUCAUUUUUGCUUGUGAGAGUGGACUGCACUGAGUCUUGGGAACGACCCUGUUGGAUCGUGUUUGGACCUUCUGCGGUGUUCUGCCGUGAAGUCUGAAGACUUCCGAAGUUGCUGUGCCAAGCCGAGUCGUAUUGGACGCCCAGCCGAGCGAGCGCCAUCAAGGCUCCUGCACAACGUGUUACACCGCAUAGAGCUGAGAGCUUCUGUGCAUUCCCACUGAAGCCGAUCAGAAGCCCAGCUAGUAUCGCACAACCAAACGCGAGUGCCAAAGCAGCAGUGCACCAGCAGUCGCAGUAACCCACGACAGCAGGCGACCCCUGAACACAACCCCCUCCGAUGGCGUGUACCGCCCUCGCCGCGCCCGCCGUGGCCCUCACCCUGCUCCUCUUCGGCAUGGCCUCCGGCACCCCGUCGGGACCGGCCUCCGCCACCUGCGCCACCCUGGAGCAGAGCCGCUUCUUCGGGGUGUUCACCUCGGCCGCCGCGCUGCCCUCCACCCCCUGCUCCUGGACCCUGCAGAACCCCGACCCGCGCCGCUACACUGUCUACAUGAAGAUCACCAAGCCCACCGACGCCUGCACGCCGCGCCAGAUCCGCACCUUCCAGUUCGACUCCUUCAUCGAGACCUCCCGCACCUACCUGGGCAUGGAGAGCUUCGACGAGGUGGUGCGCAUGUGCGACGCCUCCACCACCGUCACCUACCUGGAGUCCACCAAGCAGUUCCUGCAGGUCCGCAAGGUGGCGCCGCGCAACGCCCUGCAGGAGAUGGUGGAGGAGGUCGGCGGCGACGGGGAGUUCAAGGCCGAGUUCCUGGUGGUCGGGAAGAGGAACCCCAGCAUGCCCGCCUGCCAGAUGCUGUGCCUGUGGCUGGAGAAGUGCCUGGCGGCGAGUAGCCACGACAACCCCUGCGGCAUCAUGAACACCCCUUGCCAGUGCUGGGAGACCCCACAGAGGAAGCCAGGCAGCUGUUUCAGGGGCGGUGUGUACGUGGAGAAGUGUACCACGGUGCCCAAGGACGCCACCCGCGACGCCGAGAUCAUCAAGGGCUGGAGCACCUGGGGCCGUUGGGCCGAGUGCAGCCAGGAGUGCGGCGGCGGAGUCCAGGUGCGCAACCGUGCCUGCCAACCGGAGAACAGCGUGUGCCAGGGCGUGGUCGAGGAGGGCCGUGCCUGCAACCCCCAGCCCUGCAUCGGUAAAGCGCGCAGCAUGAGUCAGGGCCUGCGUUCCAUCAUCGGUCUGAAGAGAGAUAAUGUGGACGAUUCCAGCAGAGCCGUUGCCGCCCCAGCAGUAGAAGCUGUGGUGGACGAGUGGUAGUGGAGUGUGUGCUCGGUCACAUGCGGCGAGGGCUGGCAGGGACGCACACGCACCUGUGUCACCUCCAUCUUCACCACCCAGUGCACCGGACCCCUCCGCGAGAACCGCCCCUGCAACAACUCCGCCGUCUGCCCGGUGAUCGAUGGUGCUUGGGAUGAGUGGGCUCCCUGGAGCCUGUGCUCCUCCACCUGCCGUGGAUUCCGCGAGCGCCUUCGCUCCUGCAAGCAGCCCGAGCACGGAGGAGAGCCCUGCACCGGCCCCAAGAAGCAAACCAAGUACUGCAACAUCGCCAUCUGCCCAGUGGACGGAUCCUGGAACGAGUGGGCAGCCUGGACCCCCUGUUCUACCUCUUGCUCCAACGGAACCAUGCAGAGGACCAGAGAGUGCAACGGGCCUUCCUAUGGCGGCUCUGAGUGCCACGGAGGCUGGAAAGAGUCCACCAACUGCUUCUUGAAAGAUUGCCCUGUUGAUGGACGCUGGCAGUCGUGGACCACCUGGGCUAGCUGCAGCAAGUCGUGCGGUGGCGGGAUUCAGCAGAGACAGAGGAUGUGCGAGGGGCCUUUGUUCGGAGGAGUGCCAUGCCCCGGGGUCACGGAGGAGAAGAAGCGCUGCAAUGAGAGGAGAUGCCCAGAGCCCCAUGAGAUCUGCCCCGAGGAGCUGACCGGAGAUGUCAUCUGGAAGAGAACCCCUGCUGGAGACAUUUCAGCUGUCACCUGCCCAUCCGACGCCUCAGGCUUGAUCCUGCGUCGCUGCACCCUCGACGCCGUGGGCCUGGCCUAUUGGGAGAGUCCCACUCACAUCAAGUGCAUCUCUGAGAACUACAAGACCAUUCAGACCAUGGCCCAGGAGUUCAGCGCCCAGAUCCACACAGGACAGGGCAUCGAUGGCGUCCCAGAGGUGAUUUCCCGCCUGAGAUCCUCCACCGACCAAGGCGCCACAUACAGCGGAGACCUACUGGCCACCAUGGAAAUCCUCAGGAACACCACGGAGAUGUACAAGGGAACCAGCCUGAGAAUGAGCAACGCCGACAAAGAGAACUAUAUACAGACCAUCAGCAACUUACUGAAGGAGGAACAUCGUGACAAAUGGGAGGAGGCACAGCUGAUGGGGGCCAACGUCAAGGAGUUCCUGCGCCUGGUGGAGGACUUUGUGAACUUGAUUGGCACACAGAUGCGCGGCUUUGAGGAUGUCUACGAAGUCACCGAGAAUUUAGUUCUGAGCAUCCACAAGAGACCCACCAGCACCGCAUCCAACUUCAACUUCCCAGAGAAGGGCUGGAGGGGAAUGCUGGACUGGGUCCGCACCGCCGAGGAGAAGAUCACCGUGUCCCGCGACGCCCUCUCCAUCGACCAAUCAGAUGGUACCACCGCCUUCUUUACUGGCAUUGUCCUCUACAGAAACCUCGGGGCCAUUAUCUCCCAACAAAGCAACAGCAGCCUCCUCAACUCCAAGGUGGUGACCGUGACCGUGAGCCCCAGCCCCAACCUCCUCUCCUCCCCCAUUGAGAUUGAGUUCCCCCACCUCCACAAUGGUACCAUCAACGAGACCUGCAUCUCCUGGGACGAGAGCGAGACCUCUUCUCUGCUCGGGACCUGGUCUGCGCGGAACUGCAGAGCGGUCGUCGUCGAUUCAUUCAGAACCAAAUGCGUGUGUGACAGCCUCUCCACCUUCGCCCUUUUAUCGCGGAUAAACACCGAUUUGAACAUGGACAAGGCACUGCUCCCGUCCGUCACGCUCAUCGUCGGCUGUGGGGUCUCCUCCCUCACCCUGCUCCUCCUCAUCAUCAUCUACGUCUCCGUUUGGAAGUACAUUCGCUCUGAGCGCUCGGUGAUCCUCAUCAACUUCUGCAUCUCCAUCAUCUGCUCCAACGCUCUCAUCCUUGUUGGACAGACCCAGGCUCGCAACAAGGUGGUCUGUUCUCUCGUCGCCGCUCUCCUCCACUUCUUCUUCCUUUCCUCCUUCUGCUGGGUGCUGACGGAAGCUUGGCAGUCCUACAUGGCUGUCACGGGCCGUCUGCGCAACCGCAUUAUCCGCAAGCGUUUCCUGUGCCUGGGCUGGGGUCUUCCAGCUCUGGUGGUGGCUGUGUCUGUGGGUUUCACCAAGGCGAAGGGAUAUGGCACCGUUACUUACUGCUGGCUUUCUCUGGAAGGGGGUCUUCUCUACUCGUUUGUGGGCCCCGCCGCAGCUGUCGUCCUGGUGAACAUGGUCAUCGGUAUCCUGGUCUUCAACAAGCUGGUGUCCAAGGACGGCAUCACCGACGUGAAACUGAAGGAGAGAGCCGGGGCGUCUCUGUGGAGCUCCUGUGUGGUGCUGCCCCUCCUGGCCCUCACUUGGAUGUCGGCCGUGCUGGCCAUUACCGACCGCCGCUCGGCCCUCUUCCAGAUCCUCUUCGCCGUGUUCGACUCGCUGGAGGGCUUCAUCAUCGUCAUGGUGCACUGCAUCCUGCGCAGAGAGGUUCAAGAGGCUGUUAAGUGCAGAGUGGUGGACCGUAAGGACGAUGGCAAUGGAGAUUCCGGUAGCUCCCAACAGAACGGCCACAGCCAACACGUGUCUGAUUUCGAAAAGGACGGAGAUUCCAGCAGACAAGGGAUGACAAGCUCCUCCGAGGAGAAGCUGACCCCGCCCCAGAUGCCCCUCCCCAUGGGCCCCAACUUCCACACCCUGCCGUCCAACCCCAGCGGCAAGACCCACAUGCAGGCCAUGCCCGAGUACUCAAGCCACACCCUCACCCUGAAGCGGGAGAAGAGCCGGCUGGCGGGCGGCGUGGACCCCUCGUGCGGCAAGCCCGUGUACGUGUGCGACGGCGAGCUCUUCAAGCAGCUGGACGCCGACAUGGCCCGCGGCCACGUGGACUGCGGCCUCUCGGACGGCAGCGGCAGCGGCGUCAGCGGCGUGAGCGGCGGCUACGUGCUCAUGCCCAACACGACGUCCACGCUGAGGACCAAGCCCAAGGAGGACAUGUCCAAGUACAACAUGGGCCUGGACCAGCUGCCCCAGCUGCCCCAGACCCGGCUGGUGCACCUCAGCGGGCCCUUCGCCGAGCCGCAGGCCGCCUUCGGCCUGCAGCAGCUGCCCUCGGACCAGGUGAGCGUGUCGUACUCGGAGCGCGACUCGCCCAUCCAGAACCUGCACAACAUGUCCAGCGAGUCGCACAUCACCCACAGCAGCCUGGAGAACACCUUCGAGUCCAUGAACUCCAUGAUGUCCAAGAGCGAGACCAUCUCCACACUGUCCAUGAGCUCCCUGGAGAGGCAGAAAUCGCGUUAUGCUGAGUUAGAUUUCGAGAAGAUUAUGCACACAAAGAAGAGGCACCAGAACAUGUUCCAGGAUCUGAACAGGAAGCUACAUCAUGCUGAGAAAGACCGGGAGUCUCCCGCCUCUGACACCAAGUCUGUGAGAUGGAGUGUGUCAUCAGGAGGAAGUGACAAAACGAACCACAGCGACAAACAGCAGGCUCCCCUGGACAGGCCCUGGGACGGUGGCAACCGGGGCAUGCAGCAGCAGCAGCAGUCUCCCCCCGCGUGGGUCCGCAAAGACCUGGAGCCCCUGGCCGCGUCGCCCCUGGAGCUCCACUCUGUGGACUGGGAGAAGGUGGGCACCACCAUCCCGCUGGUGGGGCAGGACAUCAUCGACCUCCAGACGGAGGUCUGAGCGCGAGGAGACGACACGGGGGGGGGCCUGCGAGCCUCCCGGGUUUAACCUCAAUCGCCCUCGUUUGGUUUUUGGAAAGGAGCAAUGGACGAUCGGUGGAUCCUGUGUGGAUGAGAGAGGAGAGAGCCGGAGAGAACGGACCUAACAGGGCGGGGCGUUCAGAAGGGCUUCGGCCCAGAAUCCGUGUGUUCAAAGCUCAGCUCGUCACCGCAGGAGGAGUAGGUCGUGUGGCGGUCGCUCCACGGAGCGGUCUGGAGCCGGUGGUCCAGGGUUGAAGUGGUUGGUGUAGCCGGGUGAUGCGUGGUUCCCACAGACCAGGACUGGCUGUGGUUGCCACAGACCAGGGCUGGCUGUGGUUCCAGUCACACUCCACUAACGAUUUCCCUGUGCCCUUGGCUGGCACAGACCACGCUGGUGGUCCCACACGUUUGUGCUUCUCUCUUUGUUGCAAUCAACCGACAAUUGAAAAAAACUAAAAGCAGUGCGUCUUCGCCUCAUCCGCGGAGGAGAACUGACUUGAGGUACUAGGAGUCAAGAAACCUUUCAAAAGGAUUGAGAAAAGAAAAGUCAACGUCACGCUCAUCAUUUCCUCUACGCUGUUCGGUAGACUCGGACAGCCAUUUUAAUUUUUGUUUUUCUCUUGUCCCAGUUUAUCGUUUGCUUCUACUGCUCUGCACUUAAAAUGGCGUCUACAGGGCCUAAUAAGAGACUCUUCUCCGAGAGACGCUCUGUAGUGAGAAUUUCACACCGUCGCCUGAGAUUAAGGUGUGAGGAACAAAGAGCUGGAUAUCAAUCUUCGAGACGUUGUUUCCACUUUAAUUAUUGUUAUUCUUAUUAUUAUUAAUAAUAUCUCAGUUAUCAUUACUAUCGUUUAAAUUUUCAUGAUUUAUUAUUUCAUUCCCCUCAUGACUAUCGGUCAUAGAUUCAGUUCUUGGCACUGUCGUCAACACCACAAAGCUAUGAAAUCAGACUAUUCUCUCAUGAACUCAGUGAGGACGGCAACGGGACGAACAGAACAGGCAGCGAUGGGCACGGUGUUUCUGCCAGCAUCCAGCUUUAGGAUACCAAAAUGCCAAUAACACUAUCGGGAAGGGUGCCAACAGACUUUUGACACGGGAAGAGCAAUGCAUUCUGGGAACUGCUUUGAUGCCUGUAAUGGCGACACACACAUCUGCUUCGAGCGGUCACCGCAUUAGAGAAUGCAGGCUCUUCCAGAACUGUCCACGGUAGACCAAUGGGGUUGAGUAGGACUUUCACCAUUGCCCUUUUGUUUCUCAGCCUUGCAGGUGAUCACAGAGUUUCAGAGGGAAAAUAUAGAGGCUCCUGCUGCUGGCGUGACUUCCAGGUCUAGUGCCAGGGCCUCUAAAAAAUUCAACACAUACUUGUGUUUUAGCCAUCAGUGUAAAAUAAUAGUGCAUUAUGAUGGGCGCUUGAUGCUCAAGCAGGACUGACUUUCGACAGUUUUUUUUUUUGUUUUUUUUACCAAUGUCUACAGAGAAAUACAUUUUUUUAUACCAUGUUCCUCCAUAUUUACACAACAUAUAGACGAUUUUAUGAGACUAUCGUAUAACAAAUCUGUAUUAGCUAACUAAAUGGAAUCUAUUUACUAGGGAUUCGCUAGCACAAGACUCCAUUUUUUGGAGAUCUAUGUGACAGGUAGAUUAUUGUACUUGUACUCUGAAAAGCAGACCCUUAGAAUGAAUAACCAACAUAUAUUCCAAAUGUGCUUCAGGGUGUGGUUACUACUGUGUAGCACACUUCAUGUACGAACCUCAUGUCUUCUGUAACAAUGUGUUUUUAAUAACCCGUUGUUCGUAACUUGAGCGUAUGUACACACUGUACCCUGAACACAGCAGUACAAACCUCUAGUUACUAGUUACCCAAUGCCCAUUUGUAUCUUCUUCUUGUCUCAAGUUUGUUGACAUUUAUUUUACUAUCUUUCCUCUUGUAAAUGUACAGUUUUCAGAGCACAAAAUGAUGAAUGUCAUUAUUUCUAAUAAAAAACACAAAUCUAUAUUAAAACUGAAA